CUUUGAGAUGUUCGUGGAGCCAAUUCAGUCGACUGUCAGCACGUUCGUGUUCAUAUACACACGUGUACAUAUGGCGGGUCUGGUUUUAUUGUGGCGUUAAAGCCGGAAGUACCCGGAGUUUCACUCCAGCUGAGCGACCGUCAAAAUGCUGCAAAGCCUGUUCGGAGUAGACGCGCUCACCUGAGACCUGACUGCAGACACUGCACGCCAGGUGUGAUUCAAGUUAGAGCUGUCGACCCAAUCAUUAACGCAGGACUUCCAUUAUAUGGCAGAUGACUCGUUAGUGAAGCUAACGGAGGCUAACUCAGGCUGAUGGGGCCAGACGGUGCCCCAGGUCCAGCUGUGCCCUGGCGGAAGGUGCUGUGGGAGCGCCAGCCCUUCCCUGAUAACUAUGUGGACCAGCGAUUCCUGGAGGAAUUACGGAGGAACGAGGGCCUCCGGCAGUACCGCUACUGGGCUGUGGUGAAAGAAGCGGGCUUUGUGGGACAGCAGCUUUCCUGUGUGGCCAUUUUCAUCACCCUCUGGCUCUACAUGGAGCAGGGUCUGCUGUCCCCUGAGACGCUGUUGUCGACCAGCCUGGUCUGUGCCCUGCUGGGUUAUGGAUUGCACCAAGCCUUGACAUCUCAGGUCGAAUCAGGCUGUGAGCCCCGCACCCAUCUGGCUGACUUACAGAGUGCCACUCUUUUUCUCUCCUUCACCUUUGGCUUCUCGCCUGUUCUAAAGACUCUAACUGAGUCCGUGAGUACGGACACGGUGUAUGCCAUGUCUGCUGUGAUGUUGCUGGCCCACCUGGUUUCGUUCCCUUACACCCAGCCCUCACCCCCGGGAAGCCUCUCCCUAAAUGCAGCUCUGUUUGCCUCUGUGUGUUUAGCCUCGAGGUUGCCCGGGGCUCUGCACACCUUUGCCAUGCUCAGCUGUGCCCUGCUGGUGUUUGCCCUGUGGCCAUGUCUGUUGCAGAAGCUAAGGGAGAACGCCCCCAACCAAUUUACUGGGGUGUGUGUGGGAAUGUGUAUUGGAGGAAUAGGAGGCCUGGGCUCCCAGUCGCUUGGUGGAGCUGUGCUGUUGGCCCUGGCCCUAGGAAGUGUUACGCUGCUCUGUCCUUUACUACUACUCAGGUUGCAGAGACACAAGGACAACAUCCACGGACCCUGGGAUGAGGCUGAGAUUCAUGAGGACCUCAGCCGCUUACUUGACUAACAGACAGAGUGCUCCUCCUGACCAAACAGACAUUUAAGGUUAAAGCAAACUGAGAAUUUUAUAGGAAUUACUAUAUUGUCGGCCUAAGUAUUACGACGGGUGCUGUACAACUAAACUAACUAAAAUGUUAACUCUUUUAUCAUUGAUCCACAUCUGUUUGAACAGCCAUGACGACUAAUUCUCUUGUAGAGAAUGUGAAGAUGUUUUAAUGUUCAAGCUGCUACCGUCUUAGUAAAUGUUGACCUCAGAAUUUUGUAUUGAAGGUAUCAGCUGAUGUGCAACGCUGACUUGCAUUAAUGGACACUCUGAUGCUAUGCACCAAUUUGAUAUCAUUGAUGUUUUAAUAAUCUGUGGGGAGUUUAUGGUUGUUUACAUUAUGUUCUUGGUGUCCUGUGUGAAUGGAUGGAUGGAUGUGUAGUAUUUAACACUGGCUUGAUAAUGAACAAGGGCUCUAAUUCCAUUGCAAACUAUGUUUAAAUUAAAUAUUAGAAUUUUAAGAUUUCAAGGGUUUUUAACCAUAAGAAGCCCACUUUUACCAGGAUUACAAUUAAAGCAUAAUACAACCAUAAUGAAAUUAUAUAUUCAGAUUUUACCACUAGAUGCACACGAUGCUCAGUUCAAUGAUUUAAAAUUUUGCUCGAAAAAAAUACAGUAGGUGAACGAGGAACUGUGAAUUUUGAAGACAUCAGAGUUUUCAUGUUGUAUUUUGUAUGGAGGGCAUGUUUACCUGUCGACAAUUAAAAGACAAUAACGAGA